AUGGACCCAACUAUUGAGGUUGAUGAGAUUAAAGAAUAUGACACAGAACAACUUGUUGCGUAUUUGCAGUCCGUGAAAACCUUAAAGCUUGAUGAGGGUCACCUUAGUAUUCUUAGUCAGGAGCAAUACACUGGUGAAGAUUUCUUAAAAAUAACUAGAGAAGAACUUCACGAUGUUGGUUUUAGGCGUGGACCUUCAAGACGACUUGCCGAAUUUGCUGAGACGUGCAGUGAAAAACAGGAAAGGCAGGAAUAUUCAUCAAUUAGAUCUUUGAAAGAUGUUUUAAAAGACUAUAACAUUGACUCUGAUAAUAUUUCAAAGAUUCCGCGAUUUGAACCACAAAUUCACGACUUUCGAGAUGAUUAUGAGUAUUUUCAAAACUGUAUCAGUAAUAUUUUAAUCAGAAUUAAAAGCUACGGGGAAUUAUGCGUAAAUUCCAAUGAAAAGAUGCGAAGAGAGUAUGUAUCAACUAUCCUUCACACAGCUCUCCGAAUCGCCGAAGCUGGUUCAGAUAAAAAGUUUAAAAUGGAUGUUGAAUAUGAAGUCAAUGGUAAAAAAUAUUAUGGAUCGACUGAUUAUGCCAUAAUGGAAUCUAAAUCCGAAAAUCUCAUAUGUAUUACAGAAGAUAAGAUAGAUAGAUCAAUUCAAGAAAGUAUUGCUCAGAAUAUCAGACAGCUCGAAAGCUCACAUGAUGUUAAUAAAAAAAAACGAAAACGGGGUGAAAAUGGAGAGUUUGAUUAUCUUUAUGGUAUCAUUACUUCCGCCCGAGAUUGGUAUUUUUUACUUCAUAAUCCAGGAGAGAUCUCGCUAAGCAAAACAGCCCCUUUUACUAUUGAAUAUCGCGAACAAACUUGUGAUAAAGAAUCGGAUGAAUAUAAAAAUUUGUACAAAAAUACGAAAAAGGUUUUAAGUAUAAUUGCUGGGUUGUUGUUGGAUAAAAUAGCUGAUAGUGAAUCCGAAACCAAAAGAAGAAAAGUAAACCAAUUUCGAUCAAAUGGCAAUUAG